AUGUUUACUUGUGUCUCUACUCCUCUCGUUAUUCUCCUCGGUUUGAUUGCCCUCUUCGAGGCUGGGGCGCCAGUAGCUGCUCGCGAAGCCAUUAACGUUGACACUGUGACGGAUCUUACAUACCUUGUUUCAGUUACAGUGUGCAUAGACCGAAUGCGGUGGUUCAUCAUGUUACUAUCCGCGACGGACGUGCCACUUUUCAGAUUUCCGCACAUAAUCAUGAUCAUGGCAAGGGGACCGACCUGA